AUGACCAAGCACAGCUUCAUGGACACCAUCCUCAACCGGCCCUCCCAGAGGUACACCGAGCCCGUCCCUACCAAACCCUCCCGCCAUGCUGCCUACGCGCCCACAGACCUCCCCAAUGCACCCAACAAGCCAGACUCCAUCCUCGCCGGCAACAUGUUCAGUGCCAACGGCGCAGGCUCCCUCAGUCGCAACGGCGGCGGCGGCGGCGUCUACAGCCAGGCACCCUCCGUCAUGUCCGGCAGGAGCAACACAAGCAGAUUCAGCAUGUUCGGUCGCAAAAAGAACCGCGCCCCUUCCAUCUCGGGCGCCAGCAUCUACCACGACGGCGCCAGCAGCAUCGCUCCUUCCGAAAUCACAACCAGCCCCAGAAAGGGCAGAUGGUGGGAGAGCGGCUCUCGCAACAAGUACUCCUCCAGACCACCCAGCGUCGCCGGCAGCGUCUUCUCCGAACCCGAAGCAUCAGGGCCUCCCGGCUUCCCCUACAUUUCCGACUCGCUCAAGGCUUCCGCCCCGCCUCGUGGCGCACGCAGCGACUACGGCGCUCCCACAUCCAGCAGGAUCCGCUACUCUUCCCACCCUUCCCAGCCGCCCAUGCCCUCGCUUUCCAGCAAGGCAUCCAUGUCCGCCUUGAAACGACAGUCCGGCGUGGCUCCCCUCGGCCACCAGCAGCCCAAUCUCAUGCGCCAGUCUUCCGCCACCUCCCUCACCCGCUCCACUGCCUCCCAACUCGCUUCCACAACCGAUCUCAACCGUCCAGUCAGCCCUGCCGCCUCCAUGGGUCGCUCACAAUCCACAAGACGCGCUCCUGCCAGGGGGUCCAAUGACUGGAACUCCUUCGUCAAGUCCAUGUCGGGCACCGACACCGCAAAGGUGUGGGAAAGCAUGCCCACCCUCGCUCCCAAGCAGCCCCGCAACGCCGAGAAGCGCAGCAGCAUGGUCGCCAGCCGCGUUAAGAAGGAACUUGAACAGGACGCACAGUUCCAGCAGGUACAGCGCGAUCCCGGCGUCGUCCAGCAGGAUCUCCUCGCGCGCGCCGCAUCCCAGGUCAUCGGUGACAUGCCUCCUACGCCCGUCUCGCCCCUCUCGGGGCCACAGGUCGCUGCCGUUCAUCUCCAGCCCGGCCAGAUUGUCACCCCCAUCUCGCCCGUCUACUCGCCCGUCGCUUCCACCUCGUCCGUCAACGUGGCGCAAUAUUCCGCCUCCAUGGCGCUCCACGCCGCCGCCGACACGGAGCUGCCUCCACAAGCAAUGAUGCCUCCAACCCUUGUCGCCGCAGCGCCCGCUGCCUUGUCUCCGGCGCAGUCACCGCCGCCUCAGCCCCAGCCAGUUGCCUAUGUCCCCGUUCCGGACGCACAGCUCCCGCACGCGCACGCCAACUUCGCCACUGCACCGCAGCAAUACGCUCAGCCAGCCCCUGCGGUGGUGGCCCAAGCCCAAGCAUUGCCUCCUCAAAGCCCCACGCACACUUACGCGCCCCCAGCCCCUGCGGUGGUGGCCCAAGCCCAAGCAUUGCCUCCUCAAAGCCCCACGCACACUUACGCGCCCGUCGCCGUGGCCGCGCCUCGUGCAGCCGUGCAGCCUGCCCCCGCGCAGUACGCCGCACAACCGCCACACGAGCUGGCGUCCUCAAGCUCCAUCCCGCCGCCCAUCGCUGCCGCUGCACCACCCACCACGGCGCAGUUCCUCGCAGACCGCAUCCAGGAGCAAGAGGAUGCCGACGAGGUCGAGGCAGUCACAGAGCCGGCCCCGUCACAGCAGGCCACGCCGGAAGAGACAGAAGAGUCGCAAGAGUCCGACGAGUCCGAAGAGUCCGAAGCGUCCUCGGACGAGGGUCUCGUGGGCGGUGGUCAGCCUGCGCUUGACGUCGUCGCCGAAGAGGACGAGGAUGGCUCCAGCAUCGGUCACAACCACCGCGAAAUGCUCUCGCACAACUCCGUCAAAGGCAAGGGUCCCAGAGCCAACUACGAAGAAUUCGAGGCGAGGCUGCAUCGACGACAGGCCUCUAUGCAGAGUCAAACCGACGCCAACGAAGAUGCUGCGGCUGCGGCCAUCUCGGGCGUCAGCAUCCACGUCACCGAGCCGUCCGCCGCUGGCCAUACCAACGCCGAUGCCGCAGCGGCUCGGGCAGAGCCGCUGCCAGCUGCUCCACAGCUCGUCGUGGACGCUCAGAGGCCGCAGCUCGUCUGUCGUGCAUCCGAGUUCAGCGAAUACCAGUCGGUCACGAGCGGGCGCAGCUCUCCCGUCGCCAAGGAAGCAGCAGACGAAGCCAACGGCGAGGCAUCUCCGGUGGCAUCCAUCGUAAGGCCACGUGUGAGCACAAAGCCAUCGACCGAAAGCAUUUCGGCAGACACGGCUUCCGUCUCUCCUUCCCAGCGCCGCACCAACCGCGCCUCGAAAGCCUCCCGACCAGACACCGCCCAGCGACGUCUCAGUGAAAUCAGUCUCGGCACUUCCUUCGCCGUUAGCGGCAUCCUCGGACGCUCCGGCUCCUCCAUGCGUCAGAACGGCGACGACGACUCGGAUGUGGACGCAGACCUCUCCGACGAUGAUGCCGAGCUCAGGGCAAAGUCGCUUGCAGAACAGCAGCGUCUGCGCAAGAUGAACCUUGGCGAGGACUUCUUCGGUCCCUCCAUCUCGAACAUGCUCGACAGAUUCGACCGCUUUGAUCACUCCGAUACCACGGUCAACAAGCUCGUCCCCGACAGCGAGCAGCCUGUCGCGGCCCCGGCCUUGGUUGAAAAGAGUGCUCCGAUCACCACUCCCGCCGCGCCGGUUGCUCGUUCCUCCGAUGUAGUGGAUACCGAGACCGAGAGCGCCGUCAUGGAGGUGCGACAAAAGCGCGCAGAGGCCGCCGCUGCUAUUGCUGCCGACGGCAACAAGCGCAACAGCGCCAGCACUGACCUUGCGCCGAGCCUCGCAGCUGUCUGGCUGCUCAACCAGGCCAAUGGCACCGAGGGCGCAGACCAGCAAGCGGCCGAAGAUGCCGGCGACGUCACCCUUACAGCUUCCAAGCAACUCGAUGCCCGCGACUCGGCCGAGCCCAAGGUGUCGGUGCUCAAUCGCCCAAGGCCCAAGGCGAAGCGACCCACCGAGAUGGGCGGCCUGCUCAUCUCUCAGGGCAGACUUGAGCCCGAGUCCCCGCGGCGCCCCGCUGAGGAUACACGCAGCACCUUGCCCGCCUCGCUCUCCCAGAACAGCCUGGCGAGCGCGGCAUCGGCGCCGUCGGCAGGGCACAGCAGCCAGGCAACGCCGAUCAAGGCAGCUCCCGUCGCGCUUGGCAAGGACAAGACUUCGCUCAUCCAGUCUACGCCCAAGGCAAAGCCUAGCCGAUCCCUCGCCGAUACGCUCUUUGGCAUUCCAUUCCGCUCGCUGGGCAAGGAGAAGAAGGAGAAGAAAGAAAAGAAGGCAAAGAAGGACAAGCACAAGCGCGACGCCUCUGUUGACUCGAUCGGCUCCAGCUCGGUCAAGAGCGAGCGCUCGUCGCUGGUCGAGUCGGUCAAGGAUCGCACCAGCGCCGAUUCGACACGGGUACCUGCCGCUGAUGUGCCCGCCUCGCCCUCGGCCAAGGCCUUGGGCAAGCAGAAGGCGGACGUCGCUCCAGCACCGCAGGGAGGCGCGCUGGUGGCCUCCGAGACUGUGGGCCAGUUUGCGACUCCGCCGCAGAGCAUGGCCAACCUGCAGGGUGUCGCAGGUGCCGAUGUAUCGCCGGAAAGGUUCCACACUGCCUACGAUCUCAAGGCUCUGGCAGACACGGCGGUGCCCGUCUACCCGACCGAGCUCCAAAACGCAGCCUCAGCACACGUUGUGGCACAAACUCCGGCACAAGUCGCGCCGCAAGCAAGUGCUGCCGACGCGCGCCCCGCUCAUCAGCGCAACCUAUCUGAGCAGAUGAAGGGCAUGAACGGCUUUGGCUCCUUCUCGCUUCCCCAGCUUGACGCGCCGCAGCCGAGCGCACCUACCGCGGAGCAGCAACAGGCAGCACAGCCACUGGCGAACGCGAACGUGGAUGGUGCUGCGCCCAAGACCAACGGCGCUGUUGCCGAAGCACAGCUGGCAGUUCCCGCCCAGGACAGCCCGGCAGCAGAGACGAUGAGCGCCACAACGAGUGCUCCGGCCUCAUCGGAAGCAAGCGUGGCAAGCACAAGUCUCACCUCGCCCGACGUCGUCGAUGUCGCUCCAACCCAGAAGCCGGUUGCGACCGAGGUGGGUGAGCGUGUCGUGCCUGCGCCGGCUCUGCCCGUGCAGCAGGUCCAGCCGCACCCGGAGGCUCUCAGCGUGGCCGAAAAGAGGCUGCCCAUGCCGCCGCCGCCCGACAUGGACGAUGUUAUGGCAGUACCGCACGACGACCGCACGCCCACGGGCAAGCCCCAGCAGGUGCCGGGUGUCGGCAUCAACCUUAUCCCGCCCACGCCGCCGGCGCUCGAGACGCGCACCUCGUUUACAUCGUCGCGCGUGCCCGGUACACCCACGAUCGAAGAGUCCGAGGACGAAGUCGCACCGCAGCGCCCGCCGCUCAUGUCUCGCUCAUCGAGCCAGCGCACCGCUGUCAGGGCGGACUCGAAGCCCAACGGGUCCUCCGACAACCUUGUCAGGUCCAAGUCCAUGGCGCCGACCAAGAAGGGCGUCUGGACCGAGUACAAGGGCAAGGGCUUGAGCUUGCCGCCUGGCCUCGUCGCCACGACCAUCGACUCGUCCGUGCUGCGACGCAUGAGCAUGAACGACAAGAAAUCGGCUCAGGCGGCUGCACCUGCCCCUGCCCAAGCUCCACUGGCCUCCGCUGCCCCGAGCAAUGCCGUGCACGCCCUUCCUGUGGCGCCGAUUGUUGGCCAGGUGGUGCCUGUGGCGCACGCAGCGAUCGUCGAGUCUCCGCAGCGUCCCGUGCGUGCCACGCCAUCUCCGAGUCCGAAAUCGAAGCGUCGCAGUGCUUCGCCCGGCGCGAUCCCGCACUCGUCGUCGAUGAGCAAGAUCAUGGCCGAAGCGCCGCCCGUGCCGCCCGUUCCUGUCGGGUAUCAGGGCAUGACUGGUGCUCCGUCCGUCUCGAGCUCGUCGUCACGGCUGUAUGCUCCGAGCGUCGCAUCGUCGGAGCCCGGCUGGGACAGCCGCUCGGUGUCGCCGGCGCCGAGUGCGGUGCCGAGUCAGUCUGGGCGAUCGGCGGCGUCGCAUGUGUCGAGCAGCAUCCACUCCUCGGUGCGCGGGAGCCCGAGGCCCGAGGCGACGUACGUCAACCACCACGAGCUCUCGCCGUACGCCAAGAAGAUGCGUGCGCUCUCGCCGAGCCCCGUCAUGCCGACGCUCGCGCAGACGGGCAACCGCCACUCGCUCAUGUCGGCGAUCAACGAGUGGGAGAGCCAGGUGCCCGAGGGCGAAGCCGCCGGCGUGUCGCCCUAUCCGUCGCGCCCGACUUCGCCGCACCCGUAUCCGCCGCUGCCGGCUUCGACCGUGUCGCGCAGCAGCUCGGUGAUCAGUGCGGUCAGCUCGCCGGCGGUGGUGCGCAACGCGCCGCUCGGUGCAGCCACCAACCAGUACCUGCAUCCGCCCGUGGCGAGGUCGCGCAUGUCGGUGGACGGCGUCGGAAUGCCCUCGGUGGCCGAGUCGGUGGCCGAGUCGCUCAGCCCGCCGUCGAUCGUCGGGCGCGGAUCGGGCGCAAGCUCGGCGAGCUCGUCGCCGUCGGCAUCGCAGUCGGUGAUCAGUCUGACGAGCACGAUCCCGACGUCGAUGCCGACGGUGCCUACGAGCUACCGACCGAACAAGGAUCCGAAGCGCUUCAGCACCAACGUGGACGACCUGCUGAACAACCGCACCACCAUGCAGACGGUGGCGGUGACGAGCGGCGCGUUUGCGGGCAAGAGCAAGGUGGCGAGGCGCAAGCGCAGCAGCGUCGACCUGAACGGCGAGCGUCGCAGCUCGAGCGACGUGCCCGAGCAUCUGCAGGACGAGCUGUCGCUGACGACGCUCUCGAUCACCGCGCACACGCCGCCGCCGCGCAAGAUCGGUAGCCACCAGGUGCUGGUGCAGGUGAUCGCGGUGGCCAUCGACGAGACGGACAAGCUGCUGCUGCGCGAAAAGGUGCGCGGCGACAAUGCGUUUGGAUUCGUGCCUGGUCGCAGCUUCUGCGGCCGCCUCGUCGAGUGCGGGUACGAGGUGAAGAAGAUGCGCAAGGGCGAUGUGGUGUUUGGGCUGCAGGAUAGCCGCAAGUCCGGUGCGCUGGCCGAGUUUACCGUGGUGGAUCACAACCGCAUCUGCCAUGCGCCGAGCGACUGUUUGACCACCGAGCAGAUUGCUGCGCUGCCUUCGGCGGGCGUGAUGGCGCACCAGCUGGUGCACAACCACUGCAGCCAGCUGCCGCGCGGUGCGCGCGUGCUCAUCCUCAACGCGCACGACGGCGUCGGACUGCUGACCAUGCAGGAGUCGGUGGGGCUGGGGCUGGUGAUUGUGGCGCAGUGUCCGCCAAGCGUGUCGGACGGUGUGGCAGUUUGCCAGGCCAACGGCGCGCACGAGGUGGUGAUCGGCGAGCCACUGUGGGCGAUCAACUCGCUGCACGAGUCGUCGUUCGACCUGAUCGUAGACACGGUGGGCGGGCGCAAGAUCUACGAUGCCUCGCGGCGCAUCCUCGCCUGCGACGGACAGUUCUGCACGUGCUUCGGCGACGAACACGGCACCGCCAAUCCGAACCUCAAGAGCCACUUCCGCAGCCUGCGCCGCGCCUUCUUCAAGAAGGACAAGAAGAACAUCGGAUACGAGUGGGUCGGCGUCGAUACGGGCGAGGACUGCAAACAGGCCCUCGAGGCUGUCAAGCGCGCCGCCGAGUCGGGCGACAUCUGCCCCAGACUCAGAAGCGUCCUCCCCUUCGCCGAUGCGCCGAGAGCCUUUGAUCCCACCACCAGGAACGUCAAUGACGAACCGGGCGCCAUCGUCGUGCGUGUCUCGUAG